AUGACGUACUACGUCCAGUCGCCCCACGCCCCGCCGACGCUCCAGCGCUCGUACUCGACCGAUAGCAACCAGAGCCCGCUGCAUCACAAGCGCAGCUCGGCCGACGCGUACCUCCCGAGCGAUAUGCAGUCGCAGCUCGAGCUCCUCCGCGCGAUCAAGCAGCGCAACCACCAGCUGCGCUGCAUGCUCGAGGAGAUGCAGCCGAUGCAAGCGCCCGGCGCCGACGGCCACUACAGCCACGAGCACUAUACCGCACAGCUCAACCAGCCCGAAGAGCUGCCCGAGGACCUCAAGGCCAUCUUCCUCUCGUACUUUCCAGUCGGUCACAACGCAGCGGCCGUUCCUAUUAUCUAA